CUUUCUUUCUAUCUUCCCCUGUCUCUCUAUCUAUCUCGCUCUGUCCUUUCUUCCUUGCUAUCUAGGUUUUCGAAUCAGGCCACAAAUAUAUAACAACAAAAAGCAUAUAAUCUGUAAAAUUUGGCAGAAGGACUGAAAGUUUGGGGCGAUUGGGUGUUCCAUUUCUGAGGUCGUGGGGGUGGUGGUAGGGUUGCGAUGAGAGAGUUGGGUGCCGACCUCUUCGAACCCCGGACGCUGAUGGACUCCGAUUUCUCUCCGGCGAGGAACAGUGGCUCUGCCACCGAUUCCGACUUUGGAUUUGCUUUUAACGAUCGGAAUUUCUCCGAUAGGAUCCUUAAGAUUGAGAUAAUUCCCGAUUUGCCUGACACCAAAUCAGACGGUGAUGGUUGCAUCACCCUAGCCGAGUGGGCGCGUAACCGGAAGCGUCGAAGGGAGGAGAUUAAGAAGGAAAACGUGGCUGAAGUUUUUGGGCAAAGCGCAGAGCAAGUACUUAACUUGAAUGUUCCAGAUGCAGAGGAAACUUUGGCUUAUGAUAACCAAGAUGAAGAAGUUGUGGCAAUGAUUGAGGAAUCAGCUGCAGACGGCGGAUUGAAUUUGAAUGAACAAGGUGAUGAUGCCCCUAGUGGCAGUGAAUCUGGCUGGAGCAUGGACUGUUCAACUGUUCUUAGAGUUAAUACUAUACACAUUAGUUCACCUAUAUUAGCGGCUAAGAGUCCAUUCUUCUACAAGUUGUUUUCGAAUGGGAUGAGAGAGUCAGAUCAACGCCAUGUAACCCUUCGGAUACAUGAAUCUGAAGAAGCAGCCCUAAUGGAACUCCUCAAUUUUAUGUAUAGCAAUACAUUAUCUACAACAACCCCUACUGCUUUGUUGGAUGUGUUGAUGGCUGCCGACAAGUUUGAAGUUGUGUCGUGUAUGAGAUACUGCAGUAGGUUACUUAGAAACUUGCCUAUGACUAGUGAGUCCGCGUUGCUCUACUUGGACCUUCCGUCUACUGUGCUAAUGGCUGAAGCAGUUCAGCCACUUACUGAUGCUGCAAAGCAAUUUCUUGCUGGACGUUACAAGGACAUAUCUAAGUUCCAAGAUGAGGUUCUUAACUUGCCGCUAGCUGGUAUUGAGGCGGUAUUAGCUAGUGAUGAUCUCCAAGUAGCUUCAGAGGAUGCUGUUUAUGAUUUCGUACUUAAGUGGGCCCGCAUACACUAUCCCAGAUUAGAGGAACGCCGAGAUGUCCUGGGAACCCGUCUUGUCCGAUUAAUCCGUUUUGCAUUCAUGACAUGCCGAAAGCUGAGGAAGGUCCUGUCGUGUAACGACUUUGAUCAUGAUGUAGCGUCCAAGGUUGUUCUUGAUGCUCUCUUUUUCAAAGGCGAGACCCCAUAUAGGCAGCGUGCUCUUGCUUUAGAAGAGGCCAAUGCUCCCUAUCGCCGGCUUGUGGAGAGAUCAUACAAGUACCGACCGGUUAAGGUGGUGGAGUUUGAUCUUCCGCGUCAGCAAUGUGUGGUCUACCUGGACCUAAAACGUGACGAGUGCAAACAUUUGUUUCCAGCUGGCAGGGUUUACUCUCAAGCCUUUCACCUUGGUGGGCAAGGGUUUUUCUUGUCUGCUCACUGUAAUAUGGAUCAACAGAGCUCUUUCCACUGCUUUGGACUGUUUUUAGGGAUGCAGGAAAAGGGAUCAGUGAGCUUUGCUGUUGAUUAUGAGUUUGCUGCUAGGUCAAAGCCGACUGAUGAGUUUGUGAGCAAGUAUAAGGGGAAUUACACUUUCACAGGAGGGAAAGCUGUUGGGUACCGGAACCUCUUUGGUGUUCCGUGGAACGCAUUCAUGGCUGACGACAGCCCUUUCUUCAUCAAUGGCUUUCUGCAUCUUAGGGCUGAGUUGACCAUAAGGCAGUGAGAAUUUUGAAAAAGUGAUCAUUGCUCUUGUGGUUUGACCGUUCCCUUCAUACAGGUUUUUCUACGUGCUCGGCUAAGAACUAGGUAGAUUUGAGCAGCUGGUCUUACCUAUCUUUGUUGAUUCCAGCCUAUGUGGCCUACUUUGUGUUGUUGUAAGAAAAUCUCUGGUAGGCGGCUAACAACGAUUUGCUGUUUUUGAUCUCCAAAGAUGUAGCCAAACAUGAUGAAAUGGAAUUAAAAGCUCCCUGCGUUGAAUUAAAGCCUUUGUAUUUUCUGUAAUGCUGCAAUCAUCUAAAGAAAGAAGCAACAUCUGCUGUUCAUUUCAUUUUUAUACUGCAACGGCGUGGUUGUGGAUCCUUUGUACUGUGUUUACUUUUGUCGUUCCAUCAUUGUCACUUUGUUGAAAAAGAACCAUGCUUUCUAAAGAGAGAGCAAUAAUGUAACUUUUCUCAU